AUGAAUAUUCCCAAUGUUAUAAAUCCAUCGACGCGGAGUCAUCCGAGUGCCUAUUUCUUCAGGAUUUGACAAAUAACAACUUUUCAAUGAUAAACAAAGACGAAUUGACCGUCGAACAUAUUUUGUUGGUGAUGAAAGCACUGGGAAAAUUCCACGCAGUCUCGUUUGCAAUGAAGGAUCAAAAACCUCACCACUUUAGAAAGAAUGUCGUUAAAAACCUUGGUGAGCACUUCUAUAGGCAUGGUCACAAUUUGGAUUUGGCACGAAUGAUCAACGGUGCCGCAAUGAAUGUUAUUAAUUCCAUCACCGAUGAUGACGACGAUGACUUAUUGGAAGCAGUUUUAAAAUUGUACGAGCGUGAACAAUACGAUAUGAUGGUGAAUUGUGUCGAUGGAAAUGAAGCUGAACCGUAUUCGGUUGUCAUACACGGUGAUUUAUGGUCUAAGAAUACACUUUUUCAAUGCAAUGAUGAAAAUGUUCCGGAAAAAGUGUGUUUCAUCGAUUGGCAAAUGUGUCGUUAUGCGUCCCCUGUCCUUGACAUUUUGUAUUUCAUAUUUUUGAAUACAACACGAGAACUUCGCGGUCGAAACUAUAACAUUUACCUCAAAACGUAUUACCAGAGCCUUUCGAGACAUUUGAUAAGACUUGGUUCCGAUCCGGUCGAUGUAUUUCCAUUCAGUGCACUACACGAGCAACUACAAAAGUUUGGAAAAUUUGCCUUGAUACAAACUUCAUUUUUACUUCCCAUUUUAAUGGCAGAAGCUGAUUUACAGUCGGACAAUAAUAAUGGGUCAACAGAACUAUCCGAUGAUACGAAAAAUGUAUUAAGAGACAUCGCAUUAGAUAUUUAUAAGCUUGGAUAUAUUUGA